AGCCGAGGGGCUCCCAGACCAAUAUGCCGAUGGAGAAGCAGCCCGGGUCUGGCAGCUGUAUAUAGGUGACACCCGAAGCCGUACAACUGAGUACAAGGCCUGGCUCCUGGGGCUGCUGCAUCAACACGGCUGCCAACAUGUGCUCGACGUGGCUUGUGGCACUGGUCCCCAGUUCCUCCUUUGACCCUCAGCCCCCAUUCCAAACAUGUCAUUUCCAUCCCCACUCUUCCUAAACCCUUCGUGUCUCCACCAUUCCUCUCUACCCUUUUCCCUCUCCCUCUAACCUUGCCCCUUCUAAUCCAUCUUGUCCUCAUUCUCCCCAUCUUCUCUGGCCUAUAUUGCCUUCCCUUUCCCCCUCCCCCCAUCCUGUCAUUGCCUGCUGGACCUGGCACAGGGUGGACUCCAUCAUGCUAGUAGAAGAGGGCUUCAAAGUGACUAGUGUGGAUGCCAGUGACAAGAUGCUCAAGUAUGCCCUGAAAGAGCGAUGGAACCGUCGUCAUGAGGAAGCCUUUGACAAGUGGGUCAUUGAAGAGGCCAACUGGCUGACGCUGAAAAAGGAUGUGCCCCUGCCAGCAGCAGGGGGCUUUGAUGCUGUCAUCUGCCUAGGGAAUAGUUUUGCCCACUUGCCAGACUGCAAAGGUGACCAGAGCGAGCAUAAAUUGGCCUUGAAGAACAUUGCAGGUAUGGUGCGGCCUGGAGGCUUACUUGUUAUUGAUCACCGAAACUAUGACCACAUACUCAGCACGGGCUGUGCCCCACCUGGCAAGAACAUCUACUACAAGAGUGACCUCACGAAGGACAUCACUACAUCAGUGCUGACUGUGAACAACAAGGCUCACAUGGUAACCCUGGAUUAUACUGUCCGAGUACCUGGUGUUGGGCAGGACGGCAGCUCUGGCUUAAGUAAGUUCCGUCUCUCGUACUAUCCUCACUGCCUGACGCCCUUCACGGAGCUUCUCCAGGAAGCCUUCCAGGGGCAGUGCCAGCACAGUGUCCUUGGAGACUUCAAACCUUACAAGCCUGGCCAAUCCUCUGCACCCUGCUACUUUAUCCACGUGCUGAAGAAGACUGGCUGAACCACCACCAAAAACCUUCAUAAACCCACCAGAGUCCUUCUAAUAAAUAAGAUCAACCUACAAGGGAAAGUCUGGAGUGGAGGCACAUGGAGUCCCGAGGGGAGGAUGUGCCUUGGGCCUCACUUUUGGUUUGGGGCCAAAUAAUACAGAAUUAGUGCCCUUUCUGUUUC